GCAGAGCCGUUCGCCAGUUGUUGACAUUUCCAUCGAUCUGUUUUGUUAUGUGAAUAGGCGAUUUGUGUCGCCUCUUUUUCCGAAACCAACUCCACAAGGCACACGAGCAGCUAGGCUGUGCGUACACUAAAAAUGGCUCAAACAUUCGCUGAGGAUCAGUACGGCCGCAAAAUCGACCGAUGCCUGACCGACACCCUGCUCAAGUUUGGUGGCGGUCUGGCCCUAGGAGGUGUUUUCUCACUGCUGUUCUUCAAACGUCGCGCUUGGCCUAUCAUCAUGGGUUCCGGAUUCGGCAUCGGGGUUGCCUACAAUAAUUGCGAACGCUCGUUAAACGCGUCCAAGUAGACAGACAGGCAACCAAGUCACUGCCUCGAAACUGAGUUUGUGCGAAAUAUGGCUUAGAAGGCGAACAAUAAACAUCUUUAUCCGUCAUAAAACUUAAAAAAAUCUCCUAGGAGUACUA